GUUUUUGUCAUGGCACAUUGCGCUCUCUUGAUGGGAUUGCUAGAACUAGGAUUUGGAGUGUUAUUGACACUGGGGACACAAGCUGGUAUUCACAGAGCUGCAAAGCUGGUCUUUGCAAGUAGGGUUCUACUCUCUCUUAUCCUUGGAACCUCAAAACUGUCGGCUUUGCUACUUAUACGCCGUCUCUUACCACCACAUUGUGUACGCACAUAUAUUUGCAAUACUGGAAUCGUGCUGGUUAUCAUCUGGGGUGUCAUGGCUAUACUUACCACAAAUGCAAAUUGCUCGCCUAGUCACAUGUUACUAGAAGGCAAAGAGAAUAGCUGUCAAUACCUGGAUACUCGAAUCAGCAUUACCAUGGCUUUGAGUUGUGCUACCGAGCUAGGGGUACUCUGUCUUGCUAUUGCUUUCUUCAACCAAUUCCAAGUAGAGCCACAUCAGAGAAAAUGGGUCUUGAUGGCUUUUGUGCUGCGUUUACCCAUCGUCUACCUCCUCACCUACCUCCACUUCCUCUCCUACGGCAACUCAAGCAUCUCUUUUAUUCCCGUCGCCAUCUUCCAACAAAUCCUAGCCACUUACUCUUUUGCCGCUUCCACUUCUUCCGCUUUCUUCCCUUUCACCCUUCCCAUCCUUACCUCCCCUUAUUCAUCAAACUCUUCACUCAAGAAUCUCUCACGCAGUAAACUUGCCAGACGCAUGUCUACACCCAUGUCCUUUNUUGGAGACAAGAUGAGAGGAGACAGGGAAGUGUUUACACACAAAGCAAGGGUGUUUGCUGAUGUCAAAGGGGUUGCUAGAAGAGAGAGUGAGCGGAAAGCUAGAUUGCAGAAUAAGCAGAGGGGAAUAGGACACAGAAGUGAAGAGAGUCAAGAGAGUUUGAAGGGAAUUGUCAGGGAGGAGACUUUUGAGGUGCAGGUUGUGUAG